AUGCCGUUUCCUUUUGAAUCUUUCUGCGUCACUGGCUCAGGCCAUUCAGGAAGUUCAUCAACGGCAAGCCACUCCCCGGCAGAAGAUACCAACUCCCCCUCUUUAACAACUGAUACGCCAACCUCACAAACGGGUGAUGAUCUGGCAUCACUAGAAUACCGUGCCCUCCUUGCAGAGCGUGCACAUUACAUUUUUGCUAUUGAUGACAUCCCUCUCCACUUGCAUGAACAUGUUCUAGAUGUCUUUGAGAAACAUAAGACCGCUAUGGAGUACCUCCAAGACGAUGCAGUGUUUCUCACAGCCUUACGAAAGCAAAAGCAAGAGGAAAAGACAGAGAAAGAGGCGCUUCUUCGAAAGGAAGAAGAAGUGAAAGCUCAAGAGGAGGCGCUGGAGGUGACAGAUAAACAGAUUAAUACACAGCUUAGAAAACUUUCUCAGUGGAGCGAGGUGCUGGAAGAGCAGAAACAGGAUUUGCUAGCCAGGAAAGCUGAGAUAGAGAGAAAGAUUGAUGAGUGCUGCAAGCAGCAUAUUUCAUGCGAUGCUCAGAUAGAGCAUGAACUCAACAAGUUUAAUAUGGCUGAGCGGAAGAAGAAUCGUCUGAACAUUCGCGGAAGGGAGUUGAAGAAGGAGGAUGAAGAACUGGAGGUGCGGGAGAAGAAGACUGAGUCUCUUAUCCAGCAUUUUCAGAAGAAUGCUAAAGAAAAUUAA